UAGGUGGGUCCUCCAUCCAUGUAAGAGCUUCGUCCGACUUGUAUUCAUUCACAUAGCACCUCAUGAUGAAAGAUAGACGGAGCAGAUGAGUACUUGAGUCUGAUUUCAAUUUUUUAUCUGCACAUCUACAAAAGAAAAGAAAGCUACGGUCUUGUCACAGCCUUCAAAUGGUGCCGCAAUCAUAAUCGCAUUGAGGUCUCAUCGCCCUUGGCUGCGUUGUUGGUAUCGUGUUCGAGGUCCUGCGUGAACCUCUGUAUAAAAAGGUCCACAUGGCAACUAUAAAACAGAUCGAUGGACGCACGGUUCAUCAGAUCCAGUCCGGCCAGGUUAUAGUCGACCUUUGCUCUGUUGUCAAAGAACUGGUUGAGAACAGCAUCGAUGCUGGGGCAACAAGCAUAGAUGUUCGUUUCAAAAACCAAGGACUUGAUCUCAUCGAGGUGGCUGAUAAUGGGUCUGGUAUCGCCCCUGCCAACUAUCCAUCAGUGGCUCUCAAACACCAUACGUCAAAGCUCUCUUCAUACUCGGAUAUAGCUACGUUAGAGACAUUUGGUUUCCGGGGUGAAGCAUUAGCCUCAUUGUGUGCUUUGUCAAUUGUGAGCAUCACGACUUGCCAGCAGGGCGAAGCUCCUAAGGGGACCAAGCUCAGCUUCGAGCCAUCAGGAGCCCUCAAAGGAACUGCAGUUGUGGCAGCUUCAAAAGGCACAACCGUUUCAGUUGAGCGUCUCUUCCACAACUUGCCUGUUCGUCGGCGUGAGCUUGAGCGAAACAUAAAGCGAGAGUGGAAUAAGGUCAUCGCCCUCCUUGGACAAUACGCUUGUAUUCAAACCAAUCUCAAAUUCUCCGUGUCUCAGCAACCUACCAAAGGGAAAAGGAUUCACCUAUUUUCGACCAAGGGUAAUCCGACGACAAGAGAAAACAUCAUCAAUAUCUUUGGUGCAAAGACGAUGACGGUCCUUGUACCCCUCGAUUUGACUCUAGAAAUGCAUCCUUCCACAGGCGGUCCAGCUUUGCAAAUUGACCAAAAACAUAAAUCAAGCUCUAGGGAUGUCCGUGUCGUGGGGCAUGUUUCCCGGCCUUCUCAUGGUGAUGGACGCCAAACUCCAGAUCGCCAGAUGUUCUUUGUGAAUGGGAGGCCAUGUGGCUUGCCCCAAUUCGCAAAGGCAUUUAACGAGGUUUACAAGGCUUACAACAGCUCACAAGCUCCUUUUAUUCUAGCGGAUAUUCAGCUCGAUACCCACAUGUACGACGUCAAUGUUAGUCCAGACAAGAGGAGUAUAUUGUUGCAUGAUCAAAACCAACUGCUCGAUAACCUACGCACUUCCCUCACAGCCCUUUUCGACUCGCAAGACUACUCAGUUCCGACCUCUCAGCUUUUGCCCUUUAAGAACCGCACUGAGAAGCAGUCAACCACUAACACGCCCUUCAAGCCAUUAUCGAUCACUCCUCAGAAGCCUCUGGAUGAUUCCCAGCCUGAAGUCGAAUCAGAUGAAGACAGUGACGAAAGCAGCCCCGUUGCCAAGGUGCCACUUGGCGCCGUAAGGAGGGUUGGCGGGUCAAAAUCAUUAGAGAAAAACAUUAGUAGUCAAAAUCUGAUCAGUGGAUGGGUAGAGAGGGGGUCAACGUCGCGGCCAAAAGACCGAGGCACCACAGCAUCAACUUUCGCACAGAAUCAAAGUCCAUCCGUACGUCCUUCUACGAGGCGAGAAGAGCCGAGCCUCUUUAUCGGGAGUCCCUCGCUCUCUUCAGACAGCGAUGAAAAUGAUGCUGGGAAGCCACUCCCUGUGCGGGAUUUCAACAAGCAACUGAAGGUAAACAGUGUCACGAAGACUGGCUCUUCUCCCACCAAGAAGUCAUCAGAAUUGCUUGAGAAUGAACCCCAGAUUCCUGCUACGAAACCACUGAGGCGUGGACAGGGCGGGAGCUCACACACUAGCCCAGUGAAAACGCCACGGGAAAAGGCAACAUCAGAGGCCGCUACGAUAGUCAUUGGUAACGAGAUCAUACAGGAUGCUGCGAGUACUCCUGAUCGCCGUGCGAAUAAUGUGGCUGUUUCUGAGGAUGAAAUGGAGGUUGACAAUCCAAAACCGUCUUUCGGAAGCCGCCUGACACAGAUAUACGCAGCUGGCAGCGGCGCGACAGAUAGGAAGAUAUCAUUUCGUAAGGAGCAAGCGGGCCAGGGUUCUGAUGGUGGGGAAAUCUCCGAUUCUGAAGGCACAGAUACAAACACCGACAGUGACACAUUCAACGCGAACAAGGAUGGGAAAGCUGUCAGUGAACCAGCUAUUCCGGUCGCUGGGAGCGAUAGACCAGGCAAGCAGACGGAAACAAAUGACUUGUCUGAUAUUACGCCCUUCAUAUUUGCGGGGGAACCUGCCACAACUGAUCAUAAGACUCAAUCUCUCAAGUCUAGUGUACGGAAGAAAGAGUCUACAGCCCAACUACUACAACACCUACGAACGGACGAGAGCCUCAUAAAGCUGGGGCUGGACUCAUGGAGGAACAGCCUCAGUCCAAGUCAAGACUCUACGACUGUCGAUGAUGAAGUGACAGAUCUUGCGGCAGCCAAUGCGGAAGAGAAAUUGUCACUUACUAUAGCUCGCAAGGACUUUCUAAAAAUGAAAAUAGUUGGGCAAUUCAACAUGGGUUUCAUCAUCGCAACACGUCCUGCGAGCACCGGGUCGGAGGAAGACCUGGAGGUAGCUCAGAAGAAUGAGUUGUUUAUCAUUGACCAACACGCGACAGACGAAAAGUAUAACUUUGAGAGGUUGCAAGAGAUUCAGACAGUACAGUCUCAACGACUAGUCCACCCGAAAAGGCUAGAGCUGACAGCACUGGAAGAAGAAAUUGUGUUACAAAGUAUUCCUGCCAUUGAGGCUAACGGGUUCAAAGUCCAUGUCGACAUGACUGGAGAUGAACCCGUGGGCUCAAGGUGUGAAGUGCUGGCGCUUCCCAUGAGUCGUGAGGUGACCUUCUCGAUCACUGACCUUGAAGAGCUGAUAGCAUUGCUUGGUGAGGAAUCGUCCGAGUCGAAACAUAUACCCCGUCCCUCCAAAGUGAGGAAGAUGUUUGCAUCGAGGGCAUGUCGUAGCAGCGUCAUGAUUGGGAAGGCUUUGACGCAUGGGCAAAUGGAGACGCUUGUGCGGCAUAUGGCAGAGUUGGACAAGCCUUGGAACUGCCCGCAUGGCCGUCCAACAAUGAGGCAUCUGUGUCAAUUGGACUCGUGGGAUGCGAAGGGGUGGAGGGACGACAACUUACAGGGUCCAUCGGUAUCUUGGCGAGCGUACUUGAAUGGUGAAUAGUACUGUUCAGUAGCGGUCAGAUGUGGGAGAAAUUCAUGAUUUGAGACUUUUGUAUUAUCAAACACCAAAACUACCUAAUAAACUACAUAUCCGGAUAUCUUGCCAUGUCCCCAAACCUUAUCCUUGCCAAACAUUCGAACUUUGACGCAUCCUGCAUUAAAAAUCAUGAACAAACACUCAAACACAUACUCCCGUAGUCUCAUCUCCUUUCCGCGAGGGGGUUACGCCCAUCAAGAAAAGAAUACCGGUUCCCUGCUGCUCGGCCUUCUUCUACCAUCUUACCACUAACAUUACGUCGUCCAUAUGCCGUAGAAGUGUUCUGACUGUAAUCAUUACCCGUGGAGACCUUGCGAUUGUCGCUGCCAAUCAUAAUAGGGGGAGUUGCACUCUGAAGUUCUCCAUAUGAUCUCGCAUAAAACUCAGACUCUGGUUGAAUAGAGCUCUGACGGUUGCGGGGAGCCAAAGCUGGCUUCUCAUCAGCGAUAUCCCUGCUCGCACUGACACGUCUCGCGUUUGUGCUGAUAUCGGUCAAUGAGUUCUUGAACGGGAAGAAGGGUGUCUUGGCGCGAGGAGGGGAUUUGCGUUCUUGCUGUGCAGCAGGGGGGUUCAGGCGAAGGGGAUGAGGACGAAGCUCAUCACCAUUGACGCCAAGGUCGUAAGAUGGGUUGUUUUCAUCACCAUAUUCGGAAUCAGAAUCGUCAUGAGCGUAUCGUUGAGCCAAUGCCUCAUAUGACUUGUUCUCGCGGUUUGCAGCACUUGUCUUUGCCGCUUCCAUUUCACGGUUUCGUUGAUUCGUUCGAGAGAUGAGUGAGUCGGUAGGCAUCCAGGUCUCGGUGAAUCUAGCCGGGCGAGGUUGACUAUGCCUGUUGUAGCUGCUAGAUGGGCGAGAUCCUGCCUGGUCGUCGAGGGGAAUCUCGCUAUAGGCAUCGUGGUAAAUUGAACGGGUAGCAGUAGUUCGUGUGGUGGCCCUUGAAGCAGCCGAAUCGCGACGCUCACGACGAGGGCUUCCAGGGCCUCUCUGGUACUGUGGAGGUGGCGGGAACUUGGUGCGGGAGUCUCGAGUUCCAAUUGUCGUGCUCGAUCCGUUGCGAGUAUGGGUGAAAGGAAUGGCGCGCGGUGCUUCAAUGCCGUCAUGAAUACCUUCUUGAGGCACGAGAGAUUCCCGGCGAGCGCUUCGGGGCGUCGACAGGCGGGCAUCACUGUCCAUGGUGCUAGCAGUCAUCACCGACGACUUGUUCCUCUUGUGCAUUGGUCGAGCAGUCAAGUGACUCUCAAGAGGGUUCAUAUCAGGAGGCAUCAGGCUGAUCUUGCGGAACAUGAAGCCCAGCCAACCAGCAAUCGCUAAGCUGAUGAGAUGGAGACCACCGGCUGCAACGAAGGUGUAGAAAAGAACAGGCUUGAAGGUAUUCAUGAGCGACUGGUCCGAGAGGCGGGUGAUCCAGGCUUCACUCUUGGUGCGCACUGAUAGGGCACCAAAGGCGUAGAGAGGGGCGACACCAAGGUCGGUGACGCCGCAAAAGAGCUGAUAGGAUGCAGAAGAUGCAGGCGAUCGUCC